AUGUCCAAGAAUCCAGAUGGAAAACAAAUCAAAGUCGGGAUUCUUGGUGCGACGGGUACUGUAGGGCAGCGUUUCAUCACCCUGCUCGCAAAACACCCGUGGUUCACCAUCCAUGUACUUGGAGCAUCUUCCAGAUCGGCUGGGAAGCCAUAUACGCUGGCCGUUAUGUGGAAGCAGACGACGCCAAUACCAUCUGUCGUCCGCGAUAUGAUAGUGCGCGAGUGCCAUCCACAGCACUUUGCGGAGUGUGCUAUCAUCUUCUCUGGUCUUGACGCCGAUGCGGCUGGAGAAAUAGAAUCUGCAUUCAGAAGCGCUGAUCUUGCUAUUUUCUCCAAUGCCAAAAAUUACCGCAGAGACCCCUCCGUACCUCUGAUCGUCCCCCUCGUAAACGAUUCACACUUGUCCAUCAUUCCUCAGCAGCAAGCGCUGCAAAAUCCCCCGCUCAAGAAAGGUUUCAUCGUCACAAAUGCUAAUUGUUCUACGACGGGCUACGUUAUACCCCUUCGCGCCCUGGAAAAGGCCUUUGGACCCAUCGAGUCGUGUCUGGUUACCACUAUGCAAGCCAUCUCCGGCGCUGGAUACCCAGGUGUUCCCGGUCUUGAUAUCAUCGAUAACGUUGUGCCCUACAUUGGUGGCGAAGAAGAGAAGAUGGAGUGGGAGACGCUGAAAAUUUUGGGAGGGAUCGCCGAUGGCGAUGAUGGAGUGAAAACCUUUGACAUGCACGCACGCCAUCCGUUACGUGUAUCCGCGUCGUGUAAUCGAGUUCCCGUCAUCGAUGGGCACACCAUGUGCGUUUCUGUACGUUUUCAGCAGAGACCUCCUCCUAGCCCACAGCAAGUCCGAGAGGCCCUAGUGGCUUAUACUCCAGUGGCGCAAUCCAUUGGGUGCCCUUCUGUUCCUGUUCAUGCCAUUUUUGUGCAUGAAGAGCCGGACCGCCCUCAGCCUCGGUUGGACCGGUAUUAUCAAGACGGUGCAGGAGUGUCAGUGGGAAGAGUGCGCCAAUGUCCCGUUCUUGACAUAAAGUUUGUUGUCCUCGCGAACAACGUCUCAAUCGGAGCAGCUACCAGCAGUAUCAUCAACGCGGAGCUCGCGGUGUUGAAAGGGGUUGUAAAGGUGGAGUAACGGGGGCGCUCCCAUGCGGUUCAGAUGCCGUUCAGCCUGAACAACGUGCCAGAUCUAGAAGUUCGGCGGUGAUGUCUUGCACGAUAGUAGAAAGAUCAAAUAAUAGCUUUAUGUUACUGCGAGUAUAUUAUGGGCGAAGGCACUGGUAACUGAUACAAUUGUAUACUGCAGGUUAGUGCGAUGAUGACGUUGAUACAGUAUUGUAACAAAAAUGUGAGCAAAACAUCUUGAUCAACCAGCUCGGAAGGAACGAUCUCGGGAGACACGGUCACGGUUCAGCUGUACAAAAUUCUCGAUCAUGCGAUUCAUAUGACCCAGUCCUGGAGUCUCGGGAAGC